UGUACCCUGAAUUUGAACAUCUUCACUCGCAAAAGAAGGAAAGCAAUAAGAAACUUAAGUACCAUGGCUUCCACUUCUGCAAGUUCUUUACUCCUUUUCAUCUUAGUUUCAGUCUUAGUUUCUUCAGCACUUCCUGCAACAGUUGUUGAAGAUCUUGCUAACUUGAAACCCCCUCCAGACUUCAACUCCACACUGAAGAAAAACUGCCUCCAUAACCCUUCUCAUAGAUACUGCAACUCCUCCCCUAUAGACCUCAAUGAUAUCUUCAAGUCCACCAUUGUUGCUUCUCAUCUUUGCAAUGAAUCCAAGAACCCAAAUUGUGUUGAAUCUUUCCCUAAAAUUGACCUAAGAAACCGUCCAAAGAUUGUGCCUUUAUACCUGUCUUACAACUUCUUUUGGAAAUACUGCCCUUUAAGCAUCUUAUCCAUUGACCUGUCUAAUAAUUCUUUGAAGGGUGGUUUCCCAAUGGAUGUCUUGCUUUGUACUCAAAUUCAGGCUCUUGAUUUGAGUGUUAACUCCCUUAUUGGUGAUGUUCCUGUUGAGAGUUUUGGUCCUCUUGCUAAUCUUACAUUUCUCAAUCUGUCCUAUAACUAUUUUUCUGAGAGUAGAAUGUCAGAUUCUCAGUUCUUCAAGCGGUUUAAUGCUUCGAGCUUUGUUCAUUCCGGUCUCAACCCAAGUCACAAGAACUAUAAAAUGAAGGCUAUAUUUCUAUUAGUUGGAUUUCCAAUCUCUGUGAUUCUAAUGGUAGUUUGUUUUGGAUGGCUAUGUUUUCUAAGGCCUGAUUAUUUACCAAAAAUACUACAAAGAAAGCAUAGAUUCACACCAGCAAUGAUAAGGGCAGCAACCAACCGGUUUUCAAGGAAGAAUUUGGUGGUGAAGGGUGAAGGAGUGGAGAUGUAUAAAGGAAGUCUGAGAGAUGGAACUAAGGUCAGGAUAGAAAUAUACCUGGACAACAUUUCAAGGGAAGAUCGCCGGAAAUUCAUCGAGGAAUGCAAGGUUCUUGUUCAACUUAGCCACAAGAACUUGGUUCAAGUGGUUGGGUGGUGUGGUGACAGAGAACUGAGAGCAAUAAUUGCAGAAUGGACAGAGGGAAAUAAUGUUGAGAUGUGGCUGUCAGGGUCAGCUCCUACAUGGAAGCAAAGGUUGAAAAUACUGAUGGGAGUGGUGGAAGGAAUGUGUUAUCUUCAAGAACAAUGGCCUGACGUGGGGUUUGAUCUCAGGACUAGCAGUGUGCUGCUUUCUGAGAAUCUUGAUCCACUCAUUUCAAGGUUUAAGGUUGGAGCAAAGAAUAGUAACACUAAAAAUAUUUACAAGUACGGAAUAUUUUUACUGGAGAUGAUAACAAACAAGAGGCCGCAGGAGGAUUUUGAGACGGGGGAAGCAGGCUUUAUAGGGUAUAUCAGAAUGAGUUAUCCUGAAAAUUUGCGUAAGGUGAUAGAUGCGAGAAUGAAACUAUCAGAAAAUAUGAUUGAUCAGGCAAAACAUGGAAUAGGCUUGGGGUUGAUGUGCACGGAUCAAUCAACUAGUAAAUACCCCAGCUUGAAUCAGAUAUUCAGUAUGCUAGCUAGAGUAUACCAGUCUUGCCUGGUUUUGGCAUCACAGGGUCAUGGAACAGCUCAUGGAGAUGGAGCCAAAGGGCACAGCCGAGCUCCGCCCAAAUGAAUAUCUGACAAUUUAUAUGCAGUUGUGACAUUGGAUCUGCUGCAGAACUCCAUUGAUGAAUAUCUAUUCCAACUAAAAAGGAACAUGUUACUCUCUCAAACCAUAUCUGCCCAUAUAAUGAUGCUUGUUUUCUUAUAAAUUAGCAAUUAUAAGAAUUACAACGUAUCUUCUCAGAAUCAUCAUUUUACUUUCUUCUGUUCCGAAAUGAAACUUUCAGCACAAGAGGGGAAAACAUUAUGUUAGAAGCUCUUAGAAACAUAUGUCAGGACUAGCGGUCUGCUUCUAUCAGACAAUGUAGAGCUUUAAGGUCGGAGUUCAAAACAGUAAAACCAACAGUACUCUAUCCUAUUCCUAUUGUAUUUUAUUAUGUGCUUUUAUUUCCUUGUACUUCCAGGCAUUUACAAAUUUAAAUUAUCAGAAAAGCCUGUUUGAUCAGGCAAGACAGGGGUAGGCUUGGGGUUGAUGUGCAGUAAACGCUCCACCUUGAUUCAAAAAUUCAAGUCUUUAAUUAGAGUUUACCUGUCUUGCCUGGUUUUGGAAUUGCAUAUUCACAGAAUACCUCAAGGAGAUGGAGACAGAGGGCAUAACUGU